AUGGAGCCUUUUCAACAGGUCAUGACAAUAAACCAGUAUAGAAGAAGAUUGGGCAUGUGCUUAGCCAAUGCCAACUGUAAUGGUAAAAUCUGGUAUUUUGUGGCUGUAUAUGCUAAAUGUAGUGCUUCUGAAAGAAUAGAGUUAUGGGAGGAUUUCUAUCAUCUCUCCAAUACCUUAUCUUGUUCCUGGUUAGUAGGAGGAGAUUUCAAUGUGGUUUUGAAUGAUGAAGAGAAGAUAGGGGGCAAUCCUGUUCAACCUCAGGAUAUAGAAGACUUUGCUUUUUGCAUAAACUCUUGUGAGCUUGAAGAGGUAAAUUUUAAGGGUAGUCCCUUCACCUGGUGGAAUGGUAGAGCAGAUGCAGCAUGUAUUUUUGAGAGAUUGGAUAGGAUGUUGGUGAAUUCAUUGCUUCUGGACAACUUUGGACACAUAGAAGUGGAACAUCUAGCAAGAACUGGUUCAAAUCAUGCUCCACUUAUGUGUACCUAUGGGGAUAAGCAUCAAAAGCUGGUCAAACCUUUUAAAUUUCUAUCUUUCUGGAUAGAACAUGCAUCUUUCCUAGAUACAGUCAGGCAGAAUUGGUCCAUUUGGGAGCAUGAUGAUCCUUUCAUAAACUUCAAAAGCAAGAUGAAAAAGCUAAAAGUAGGGUUAUCCAAAUGGAGUAGGAAAGUGUUUGGAGAUAUAUUCAAGCAGUUGAUCAUAAGGGAGGAAAUAGUGAGGUUAAAGGAACAAUUGUUUGAACAAAACCCAAGCCAAGUAAAUAGAGUGGUUUUGCAGAAAGCUUUGGCUGAGACAAAGAGAUAUUUGCAUUAUGAAGAGGAGUACUGGAGACAAAAAUUAGGUAUGGAUUGGUUUGUAGAUGGAGACAAAAAUACUAGAUUUUUCCAUAAUUUAGUAAAGGGAAGAAGGAAGAAAUUACAGAUCAAAAGAAUUAAAAACUCAGAUGGUUCACGGAUUGAGGAUGAAGAUCAAAUGGCAGAUGAGGCUGUGGAGAAAACAUGUUGGGACAUUAUUGGCUUGGAUGUAUACAAGAUGGUGGUGGCUUUCUUUCAGGGUCAUACACUUCCAAAAUCAGUCACUCACACAAAUCUUGUGUUACUACCAAAGAAGGAGUUGAUUCAAAGUUACUCAAACUUAAGACCUAUAAGUUUAAGCAACUUUUUCAACAAAGUGAUGUCAAGAGUUGUUCAUGAUAGAUUGGAGAGUGUGUUACCACAGUUGAUCUCUAUUAAUCAAGCAGGUUUUGUUCAAGGGAGGAGCAUUAUUGAGAAUGUGCUGUUGGCACAAGAAAUAGUGACAGACAUCAGAAAAAGGGGCAAACCAGCAAAUGUAGUGAUCAAAUUAGACAUGGCAAAAGCCUAUGAUAGAGUAUCUUGGUUAUAUUUGAUAAAGGCCAAAGGAUUUUUCCACUCAACUAGGGGUGUUAAACAAGGUGAUCCUCUUUCACCUUCAUUGUUUAUUUUAUCAGCAGAGGUGUUAUCAAGAGCUCUAAAUGCAGAAUUUGAUAAUGCUGAGUAUGUGGGCUAUGAAGGGGAGUCAUUGAAGAGAAUCAUGAAGAUACUGCAGGAAUAUGAGGCAAUAUCUGGUCAACUGAUCAAUAAAGGCAAGAGUGUCUUUUAUAUGCAUGACAAGAUUGCUGGUGCACUAUCUCAGAGGAAAAAGGGAUACUACAAUGAUCUUAUCAAGAAGGUGAAAAACAAGCUGCAAAAUUGGAAAGGAAAGCUGCUCUCUUUUGGUGGAAAGGCAGUUCUUAUUAAUAGUGUGCUUCAGAGUAUUCCAAUAUACAUGCUGUCAGCUGUUGUUCCCACAAAAUAUACCAUUAAUAUGCUUCAUAAAAUCUUUGCAAGGUUUUACUGGAGUACCAAGGAAGAAGGUAAAAACAGGCACUGGUCCUCUUGGGACAAGAUUUGUUUACCAAAAGAACAAGGAGGAUUAGGAUUCAGAUCUCUAGAGGAUGUGUCCAAGGCCCUUUUUGCCAAAUUAUGGAGGAAAUUUAGAACAUCAAAUACAUUAUGGUCAGCCUUUAUGUGGAAUAAAUAUUGCAAAAAGAAGAAGCCUACAGAAGUGCAGUGGAAAGGUGGAUCACAAGUGUGGAAAAGAGCUAGGGAUCAGGUGGAUCAUCAGAUAUGGUGGGAACCUAAAAAUGGAGCAUGUGAUGUAUGGGAAGAUAAUUGGACUAAGCUUGGUCCACUCAAACAGGUAAUACCACCAGAUUUUCAGAUUGACAUUAGCAUAGAGGAAGUUUCACACUUUAUGAAUGCAGAUGGCUGGGAUGCACAUAAAUUGCAUGCCAAACUGCCAAUUAAUGUGUGUGAUCAUAUCUUACAACAACUGAGUAUAGUGGAACAUUCAGAGGAUAAAGAUAAAGCCUGGUGGAUGCCUAGCACUACAGGAGACUUUACUGUAGGGAGUGCUUGGAAUAUGCUCAGGAGAAAGGCUCAAACAGCUGAUAACUUUUCAAAGUUGUGGCACAAAGGAGUUCCAUUCAAAAUAUCUUUCUUCUUUUGGAGGUUGUGGAAGUUCAAAUUACCAGUGGAUGAUGUACUAAAGAGAAUGAAUAUCAGCAUUGUAUCUAGAUGUAGAUGUUGUUUGAAUUCUCAGCAGGAGGAGACAAUUCAACAUCUAUUCCUUACAGGUGAUUUUGCAGCAGACAUUUGGCAGCAUUACAAUGCAGCUGUGGGGAUAGUUGUGCCAAGGAUCCAGAUUCAUCAGAUAAUAAUACAAUGGUGGUAUAUGCAAGGUCCUACAAAUCUCAAAGCGGUCAUGCAGGCUGCACCUGCAUUCAUAUGCUGGCAACUAUGGAGGAGGAUAAAUACUAUCAUGCAUGGGGGUAAGAUGAAUAAACUAAAGGUCAUACAUGGGAUCAACAAUAAUCUGCAGCAACUGGUGAAGACAUUAUAUCCUUGGUUGAGACAAGUUCCAGAUGAAUGGCCUCAACUGUGCAAUACAGAUGGGGCCUCUAGGGGUAAUCCAGGAUUGAGUUCAGCUGCAUUCUGCAUUAGAGAUGAGGUUGGAAACCUAAUAUAUGCUGGGGCAAGAAGAAUAGCUGAUACAACUAACAUCACAGCAGAAUCUGUAGCUAUAUUGGAUGGAAUUGAAUUCUGUAUUAAAAAUGAUCUGGUGCCUGUAAUGCUUGAAUCAGAUUCUCUGUCCAUGAUAAACAUUAUUCAAGGCAGAUGGGAGAUCCCAUGGAAGAUUAGUAUGGAAGUUAAUAAGAUCAACUUUUGGAGGAAUAAGGGCCAAGUGCAGUUUGCUCAUAUCCUUAGGGAAGGCAAUGCACUUGCUGAUUUUUUAGCUAACCUGGUUUUUGAUUUUACAGGUACAGUUAACUUUCAUUCUUUUGCUGAACUACCAACAAGUGCAAGGAAGAUUCUCAAUGCUGAUAAGAUGAUGAUGCCUAAUUUCAGAACAAAGAUAUAUAGAAAUAGAGAACCAGACUGA